AUGGGUUAUCCGGAGCAAGCCGUUGCGGUGAUUAUUCCCCACGACGUACCACCAAUAUCUACCGAACGCCUCCUCCUACGGCCAUUGCGAAUCGGCAACGACGAAGAUGCCGCGGCAAUUUUCAGUAUUCGAAGUCGACAAGAUGUUGCUGACUGGCUUUGGCCCAGAGUAGCGGAUACCACAAUCGAAGAAACCAAAGACUAUAUGGCGACAAAGGUGUUCAAAGAGCCGGAUGCAUCCGGUGAAGUUGGUCGGCUAUUCUAUUUUGCUAUUAUUCCGAAGGACGAACCUGAUCGUAUCAUUGGAUCCCUUGGCGUCAACUCUCUAUCGCCGGCUCCCUCGGUGGGAUAUGCCAUGCAUCCCUCGUACUGGGGAAAUGGAUAUGCCAGCGAAGCCUUACGGGGCGUGAUCGAAGCAUGGUGGAAACUGCCACGAGUCGAUGGCCUGGGGCAUGAGGAGAAAUUGUUUGCGAUGGUCAAUCUGGCUAAUAAAGGAAGUGUAAAGGUUUUACAGCGAAAUAGGUUCAAGAUUUACAAGGAGGUCGUGCUUGAGGGGGACACGGUGGCUUUCAUGGAGUUAGAGAGUCCUCGACUAGUAGCCACUCGACCUGGAACGAUGAGAUGA